CAAGUCUUUCCCACCAUUAUUUAUUUGUAUUGAAAAUCUCAAAACUUACUCAAUGACCCUCUUUGACGGGACAUAUUGUAAGUGAAACCUCUAUAAUUCUAUCUUCUCUGGUUAGUUUAUGCUUGUUGCAGUACCGUUGCUAAUGCAGUCAUUUUGUGCAACCGGAAAUGGAAGCAAGAAAGGGGGACAUGGCAAAUAUUACCCGGUUCAAAAGGCAACAUUUAACAAUAUUAGAGCAGCUUCAAAUUUAAGGAGGAAAGAGGUUUUGGAACAUUACCAACUCUGUGAAACUGCAGGCAUGGGAAAGGUACAAGGCUAACACCAUAACAUAGUAGAACUACCCUGAAGACGAAGCCAUUCAAUUCAUCAAAGUUGGUCCGCUUUGUGUUCAAGAGACAGCGCCAACCUUAGGCCAGGGAUAUCAGCAGCUCUUAAAAUGCUAACCAAUGAGAUCGAUAUUGGAACUUGUUCAAAUUUUACAACUUGGCCUUGUUGCUGAUCUUAUGGUCAUCAAGUUCAGCGGAAAGAACAAAGUCUCUAGCAUGGCAAGCCGGCAUGAAGUCUGUAGUACAUACUUUGGACAUCAAAAAAAUGAUUGGGGAAGCCAUGUAGGAAGUUCAAAUACAUUCCAGUCAAAAUCACUGUGUAAUUCUAACAAGCUGUGGUUCCAAUGGAGAUGGUUAUCUGGCCUGCAAAGAAAAAUGAAAUAGCUUGGCCAAU